GGCAUAUGUCAAGAAAAUUAUAGAAUUUCUACCAGAAAAAUGUUCAAAGAUCUUUUAUUAGAUUCUCACAUUAGAACUUGGGUGUUCCUACCUAUUGUUCUAUUUACAUUCUUAGUUGAAUUUCUCACACAUAAUGCUUUAAGAUGUUUUAAAACCUCAUCAAAAUCAUCAAUUAGUGAUAUAAAAAAAAUUCACUUAAAAAAUAAAUUAGCAGCUUUGGAAAUCAACUACCAAUACAUACCAGAAAAGGCAUUCGAAAAUAGAAGACAAUUUCUGAAGAAACAAAUUGAGUUAAUGAACACUCAACAUUGUUCAUUUCAAUCAAAAAAAACUCAACCGGUUUUACCUGAUCAAGGAGAACAAUAUAUUAGUCUUAUACGAGAACACUCAGCUAAUCAUUUACCUAUGAUUCUAGCUGGGGCAUGGGUGUCAUAUAUAUUUAGUGGCUUCAUUUGCACUAAAAUCCCUAUUCCUUUAACAUUUGCUUUUAAACAGAUGCUUCAAAAGAAUAUUGAUUUGUCUAAUCUUCAACCUUCAUGGGUGUCAUCCCACUCAUGGUACUUUUUAAAUGUAUUUGGAUUCCGAAAUGUUUUAAACAUGUUCUUUUACGAACAAACUAAUACAGAAUUAAAUAAUACCUGUUUAUUAAAUUUCAAAGGAGAAUCUAUCACAGAAUAUAGCAACAAAUUAAAUAUUAUUUCAUAUAAAUUUUAUUUAGCAAAUAGUUGUGAUGAAAUAAUUGUAUAAUUGAUCUGUAAUUAUGAA